CACUGUAAACUUUCCCCUGCCUCACCCUCUAUUUGUCUUGAACUCUUCCUGCCUUCCUUGUCUGUUUCUCGUUUUUCUCAUUCUUAGAUAGCCGCUCUCCACGAUGGCGGUGGUCACGGGUUUGUUGAGCUCGUUGACUCCGGUGCUUUACGCGCUUCUCUUUUUGCUUUUCGUCGCGUUCCUGAGUUACUGCGCAUACAUUAAAUACAUACACAUGAAGUACGAUCACAUACCUGGACCACCGCGAAGCAGUUUCAUCUUUGGGCAUGCGAGCAUUUUUUUGAAGUACAUCAAUUCCGACCGGCUUAUUUUUGAUAAAAUGUUAGAAUGGUCAGAGACGUACGGACCGGUGUACAGGAUCAACUUUCUCCACAAAAUUCUAAUUGGUGUCACGUGUCCAGAAGCUACGAAGGAAAUCCUCAUGUCAUCAAAGUAUCCCAAAGAUAAAGGCUUUCACAAGAGAAUUUUUCAUCUGUUUGGAGUAAGGUUCUUGGGGGACGGUCUGGUCACAGCUGUAGAUCACGACCUGUGGUACAAACACAGACGCAUCAUGGAUCCGGCCUUCAGCAGCCUAUACCUGAGAGGCCUGAUGGGCACGUUCAAUGAGAGGGCCGAGAAGCUGAUGGAGCGUCUGUCUGAGGAGGCUGACAACAACAGAGAAGUGACCAUGCUCCAUAUGGUCAACUGCGUCACCAUGGACGUCAUAGGAAAGGUUGCGUUUGGAGUUGAACUGGACCUUCUCAACAAAGAUUCUCCUUUCCCAGAUGCCAUUGAGACAUGUUUAAUGGGACUUGUAGUUUGUGCCAGAGACCUUCUGUAUGAGUACAAGCCGUGGAACAGAGAUUUCGUUCAAAAGGUGAGAACCGCCUGUCGCCUGCUGCGUUCAACUGGAGCUCAGUGGAUCAAUGAAAGAAGGAUGGCCAUGCAAAACGGAGAAAAUGUGCCCAAAGACAUUCUCACGCAGAUCAUCAAAUCAGCCGGACAAGAGGAACACAUGACCAAAGAGGAUGAAGAGAUCAUGUUGGACAACUUUGUGACUUUCUUCAUUGCAGGUCAGGAGACUACGGCCAAUCAACUUGCAUUUUGCAUCAUGGAACUGGGCAGACAUCCAGAAAUACUGGAGAAGGUGAAACAAGAAGUCGACAAUGUUAUUGGAGAGAAGCUGGACAUAAGCUAUGACGACCUGGGAAACCUGACAUAUCUGUCCCAAGUGCUGAAGGAGACUCUGAGACUCUAUGCGACAGCUCCAGGAACUAACCGGGAACUUGAUGAGGACAUGGAGAUCAGUGGGAUCCAUAUACCUGGAGGAGUCAGUGCUAUGUUCAGCUCAUACGUAAGCAGCCGAAUGGAGAAGUUCUUCAAAGACCCUCUGAAGUUUGACCCGGACAGAUUUCACCCAGAUGCUCCCAAGCCUUAUUACUGUUACUACCCGUUUGCACUCGGCCCUCGAGCGUGUCUGGGCAAAAACUUCGCUCAGAUGGAGGCAAAGGUGGUGAUGGCCAAACUGCUCCAGAGGUUUGAUUUCACCCUUGUCCCAGGACAGAGUUUUGCCAUAAAGGACGUAGGAACCCUCAGACCAAAGAGUGGAGUCAUCUGCACCAUCAAACACAGACACCAGCAAUGAACUCACACAAACACUGAAUAAAUGCGGGACUAAAUGUGGACUGGACCAGAACUAAACCAGGACUAAAACAGGACCAAACCAAGUCUCCAUCUAGCCUCAUCUCCACACUACAAAAACUAAAAUGUUAAAGUUAAUAUGACGUGAAUCAAGAACAUUUUUUGUGUUGAUUUGAGUAAAUUUCACAAAUAAAAUUGCUUACCAGUGGAAUAAGUCUUUUUGUAGAUGAAAUGGGAAAAUACACCUACUACCAGGAGAUAAGAACAAUGACAACUCUUUGUACUUAAAAUAAGAAACUAAAUCUUGUUGUUGAAAUUAAAGGUGCAUUGUGCAACUUUUCCGGUGGAGGGUCUGUCACCUGCUUGUCUCCAUGGCAAUGUUGUGUUGCCUGGAAUGCUCCAUGGUAUGACAUCAAACACAUCUAUCUAGUAUUUAUUCAUUACUGGAGUUACAACUGUAUUACACAAAAAUACAAUCAUUCUCUCUCUGAAUAAGGGCGCCUCUCCACAGAUCUGACCUGUAAUGUAGCCUAUCUAUAGUUGUCACCCUUGAGAUAGAUAGAUAGAAGUUGCUCAUGGCACCUUUAAGAAAUAGAAAACUUAUUCCAUUGGUAGAUCAUUUUAUUUUUCAAGUGAAAUUUACUUAAAAUCUUCUUCAUUCAAGUAAUUUGAUCUUAAUCACAUUUGACUUUUUGCAGUGCAGCCAGGAGUGAGCAAGGACAGAAAAAAAGGCUCUAAAAUGGAAAGGACAAUAAUAGAUGUUUGCACUAAACCAGCACUAAAAUAUGCUGCAGUUAAAGGAUUAGAAUAUAUAAUAUAAUGUAGUAUAAUGUUCUCUAUGGGCUCAUGUUGUGUGUAAGACACACAGAUUUGAUGUGUGGUAUUUGACCUACUGUCAUUUUUGUAACUGCUUUACUUAUAAAUAAAGUUGAUUAUAGAUUA